CGUUGUGAAGUCUGCAGCAUUGUCUUGGCAGGAAUUCAUCACAGUUUGCUUUACAGCUUAUUACCACUGUGUGGCGCCAGAGCCGAGCAAAGCACUUUUAAAAACAUAUUAUUAUUAUUAUUAUUAGUAUUAUUAGUAGUAGUAGUAAUAGUAUUUAUAAGUAGGAUUAAUACUACUCCUACUACUACUAAUAAUUAGCGGUCUUUUUCUCUUCUUCUCGUUUGCGUCUAUAUGACUGUUCACAUUUGUAUCAUGCCAUUCAUGUCCUGUCAGGUCACACUGUCUCUGUCUCUCUGUCUCUCUGUGAUCAGUGAUGAACAGCUCUGAUGUGAAAAGGACGAUGGAGUUUGUCUCCAAUGUGACUCUGUUGCCGUACUACAUGCACUCAGAUGGAAUGGCACUCAGUUACAUUCUGCUGUACACACUCGUGUGUGUGAUGUGUGUUUGGGGCAACAUGCUGGUGUGUGUGGUGAUUCUGACCAACAAGAACAUGUGCUCCAUCACCAACCUCUUCAUCCUCAUCGCCAUUAGUGACCUGCUCGUGGGUGUGGUCUGUGUGCCAACAGCCUUAUCUCAGGUAAUCACCAGGGGUUGGCCAUUCAGUCAGACGACCUGCACUGUCAGUAAUCUGUUCCAGGGCAUGUCUGUGUCUGCGUCUGUCUUCACUCUCGUUGCUAUAGCAGUGGACAGAUAUACAGGUAUUGUUUUUCCGCUUCACCACCGCCUGAGGCCUGUCACUGCCACCAUCUUCUUCAUCUGACUUCUGGCUUUCGCAAUCAUUUUCCCUUCAUCUGCAGUGUACAUGGUGCACGAAAACAAGACUUAUCUGUUGUUUGUGUGUUAUGAGGUCUGGCCUCGCUCUGGCAUGAGGCGUGUCUAUACCACCACCAUCUUUGUCCAUGUGUACCUCCUGCCCUUGGUGCUCAUCAGCAUCAUGUACGGCUGCAUCGCUUUAAAUCUGCGCCAGAACAGCCGGCGUCUGAAAGUGAUAAAGAUGCUGAUCAUGGUGGCUGCGCUGUUCAUGGUAUUAUGGCUUCCUCUCUGGACGCUCAUGCUGUUGACCGACUAUCAGGAGCUGGAUGGCCAGCAAAUUGACUUCCUGAGCAGCUUCUUGUUUCUUGUUGCACACUGGCUGGCGUUCUUCAACAGUGCCAAUAACCCCAUCGUCUACGGAUUCUUCAGUGAGAACUUCAAGCGAGGUUUUCAGGCUGCUGUCUCCUGUCGAAUAUGUGAUCUGCAGCUGCUCGUCUCGCAUUGCAGACGGUUCGCCAAUAAAGAUCUGCUGUGGCGCCCCCUAAUGGGAGAAGCUGAAAGAAGAAGAAGACGUAGUGUAUCAGACGUGUCCUGAUCUUGUGAACAUUUUCAUCCUUGUAUAUUACAUACACCUUGAAUCAAAACACGUUUAAAGAAGAACAUUUCUCAUGUACAGUAUUUUAGUAACUGAAUCUAUCAGUGUGUAGACAUUUAGACACGUCCUGGACUUUUAUGUACAGAAUGAAUUGAUUGACCCUAAUGUGCAGUUUACUGCCUCUGAUCUGGGUGUUUAUGUUCCUGUGUAUUUGGUGUUCAGUUCUGUAUUUUUCAGUAUUUAUUGUCUUGCACUUUAUUGAUUCUUUCACACUCGUCUGUGUUGCACCAUGUUUCUGUAAACAGCGGCUGAAUGGAGUGAAGAAUCUUCCGGAUCAUUCCAUGUGAAGUUUAUUGCAUAAAUGAUUAAGUUUCGUUAUUUGAAAUAAAGAGAAAGAAAAACAGAGAGCUUUUUGUAACCCAAUACACAA